UUCAAUGGAUGCAUGCGAUAAGGAAUAAAAUAUUUACACAACUUUAUUUCACCAAUUUAUAUAAAAACGUUUGCAGCUUGCAGUGAGGAUUUAAAAAAAGAACUAUCAUGCAAUCUACGAAAAAUUGAUUUUCUAAGAGGAAUUUACUGAAAUAUUUUAUCUACAAAUGCCUCGGUCUAGAAGGAAAGAAUGUCACGAAAAUUUAUGAUACUGCUGUCCUUUUCUGUUUACAUAUAAAAAAAAUAUUAUGACCCUUUUUUAAUCAGGUUUCACACCUGUCAAAUCUUUUGGCCGAGUGUAGCUUGACCGCUGGUAUAAAAGCUAGCUCCCUUUCGCCGCAAUUACUCAUCUGGAACAGAACCGACAACUACAUGAACAACGAUCAGCUGAUUUUAAUGUACAAGAUGCCGGCAAAUCUUAAUUCCGUUUUUUAUUUGAUAGCCUUCACAGUGGCUCUCGUAGUUAGUACCGUUUUACCACAGUCCAUUGAUUCAAUAGAGGAUUUUCAACAUUACGACACCGGCAAUAUAACCCAAGAACAAAUUAUGAGUAUCUUAUCACAAAACACCGAAUCGCAAAGCGAUUCAGAUGGAUUAAACUCCAACCGUACUCGCUGUCAGAGUUGUAGAAUUCGAGAGGAUCAGAAAAGAAUAAGAAUUGAAUCUAUCAAAAAUAGAAUAGCACAUGCACUGAAGCUGGACAUUUUGGGUAUCCCUAAUAUCACAGACUUGAGGAUUCCGAAAGUGCCAUCCUAUCAGAGACUUCGUGAACGAUAUGAAAGCGAACAGAUUAUUAGUGAAAUGCAAGGAGAUGCACCAUAUUCUUAUGCAGAUCAAAUAGAAGACGAGGAAGACGAAUUCGGAAGGGCAGAAAGGACAUAUAUAUUUUCCGAAGAACCAUCAGCGUCUCUGGAAAUUCAGACACCUAAUGCCAUAUAUUUCAAUAUGCCAAUACUGGAAAAUAGAGACGUAUAUAAGGCAUUACUGUGGGUUUAUAUAGCACCGCGAAGUCAAUUCAACUUACCAAAAAACGUGUCGGAAUUAUUUCUGUACAAGAUGGUCCCGCCUGGGAAACAAGGAGGACCACCAGUCAAAAGGUUUAUGAAAAAAAGGAAAAAGAACAUUCCACGGACCAGCGGCUGGCAUCAUUUUGACAUCACUAGUCUGGCAUAUCAAUGGACCUCAGACCCGUCUUCAAAUCUAGGAGUGGUGGUGGAGGCAUUUGAUGCAGAUGACGAGAAUUUGAUUAUUCUUCCACCAACCACUGGAAUAAAUGAAGGAUAUGAACCAAACUUGGAUUUACGAACGACGACUACAGCACAUGUCCGUAGGAAGCGAUCAAUAGGACUCACGUGCGACGAACAAAACCAGUUCGAGGCUUGUUGUAGAUACCCGCUUACCGUAAGUUUCAUAGAAUUUGGAUGGGAUUUCGUCAUUGCACCUAAAUGGUACGACGCGUAUUACUGCGCGGGAGAAUGUAGAGACGAAGGGAUGAGUAACCAUGGACACUCGUCUGUUGUCCAACAAGUCCCCGAGUCCAGGAUAAUUGGAAAUAACCCAGGACCCUGUUGUUCGCCUGUUCGGAUGGCAAAUUUAAGAAUGUUAUACUUUGAUCAUACGUCCAGACUUCAACUCACAACGCUACCGAGAAUGAAAGUUGUCAGAUGUGGUUGCUCUUAAAAACAAUUUUGAAGAAAGGCAAUUGAAAAUGUGCUUCUUUUCAAGAAAGGAAUGGAUCUAAGAUUCCUGGACAUAGGGUCUUUCUAUGUGCCGAAUGCAGAAGAAAAAACUGAAGUAGACGUCUUUUCCGGAGAGUUUUUGUUGCUUUUCAU